CUCUCUCUUUUUACGUUUUCAAAAUUUUAACUGAAAAUCCUAAAUCCCCAAUCUCAUUUUCAUUCGAAAAGUUCUAACCGCCUCUCGGCCCUCUCCAUCUCCCGCUUCUCUCUUUGUCUCUCAGACUCUCCAUCCCUCCUCUCUAGCUCUCCCUCUCUUUCGGUCUGUUAGCUAUCUUGAUCCCUCAGACUCUGUUGCUUUCUCUCCCUCUUUCUCAGCUUCCUCUGCUGCUCCUCUUCCUCCUGUUCCUUUGCCAUCAACUUUCUCACGAAGAGCCCGAUUACCACCAUCAUCAACACCACCCUCUCCAACAGCAGCCAUCCAUGCAGUUUGGUGGCUUCAAUAUUGGUCAUCUACCUUUCACAUUAGGCCCAUUUGUUGCUGCCGAUUUGUGGUUGGUAUUCUGGUUUUUUAUUUUUUUUUAUUUUUUUCUAAAGUUUUCUUUCAUUAACGUGUUGCAGGUUUCAUUGGCAAUUCUUUGGGCAAUACAUAUCUAUAUCUCUUGUUUUGUCUUUAGACGAAGUAUAGAAAUAGUGCCUUCUCAAUAUAUACAUGAAAAGAUUUAAAUUUGUAGGCCUGUAAGAUAUCAUCCGAUUGUUAAAAAUAAAAAAUUGACCCUAAAAACACCAUAAACUGUGGCUAAAAUGUUACGAACCGAUGCUGCCACAAAAGGUUGCUAAUGCUUCUAAGACAGCUGUUUCCUAGCAACAGCCAAAUCUUCAAAUAUGUUUGAAGUUGAUUUGUUGCUUUCCAUCAAUGGAUUCAUGGUCUUGUCCACCUUGCUCCAGUCUUGACUGUUGCUUACUUUUCACUACAAACCAACAUACUAACCUCACAAUACUAGCAUAUAUAUAUAUAUACACACACACACACACGUUCUCUCUUCCUUGCAUAAUGAUCAAAACUCAGAUGAGUUAGUCUGCUUAGCUUUUGAGUGUUGCCAAUUCUUCGCUUUUCAUUUUCUUUUUUCUUUUUAUUUUUUAAUCAAUAUGCGGGUUAAAGAUUAAACCACUGUAUAGAAAGAACUGAACCCCAGGGUAUAGAAAGGCGUCAGUAUCUAAUUAGGAGACAGCGUCCCUUUAGUCUUAGUAUGUGUUCCACAAAAAAUAAUUACAUUAUAAAAGAAAAGCGCAAAGCCGAAAAGUAAUACAAUAGAAAUUCUUAAUGGAGAACCUUUUUUCAAUAAGCCGCUACAGAGAUGGAGAGCCUUCUGCUCCCAUUUUUUAAGUUCGACUCUCGCCGUCACAACCUCGCAUUUUACGGCUUUCGCGACUAAAAGGCCUGACUCCGAUCGAGUGCCGAACCUUUCCAUCUCACAGCCCUGAGCGCCGAAGACCCCCCACCGGAUCUGGUCAGAGGGGCGUCGAUCCAGCCGGUUCAAAAUCCGGCCGGAUCAAAAUCCGGCCCGACCGUCGCAGCCGUCCAAUCAAGGAAAUAUCGGACAUCUACGAUCGUCCCAUCGCUCUCCCGCUGCCUUGCUCCUUCCCUCCCUCCGACCUCGAGUGUUCUCUCCCUCUCCGUGUCUCACAUUUCCCGUCGCCGUCGCCCUCACCGCAGCCUGUCCCCCUUGCCCCACAGCUCGCUUUUCCCCCCUCCGUCGCCGACGCCCAGACAGUCGCCGUCGCUCACAGGUCUUUAAAUAUGGACACAAGUAGCAGCUCAGCAGGUUCAAAUGUGGCAAAAAAGAUACAUAUGGGCACAAGCACAAGUGAAAAUGUGGCGGAGUUUGAGACUAGUAAAAUUAUGGUGACUUUGAAGGAUGAUAAUAGAAAAGUAGAUGAAGCCAUUAAUUUGGAUGAAAGGUGUGAGGCAAUAAAUGAUGAAAUACGUGGUGAUGAGGAGAUGAAGGACAAAAAAGAGUUAGUUCCAAAUGUUUCUAGUGAAUUUGUACCAUAUGUUGGAAUGGAGUUCGAUAGUGAUGCUAAAGCAUAUGACUUUUAUAAUACAUAUGCAAGGUUAGGUGGUUUUGAUAUAUGUAUACGUGACUGUAAAAGGAAAAGGGGUGUUAUGCAUUGGAAACAAUUCUGUUGCAAGAAAAAUGGCUUCAAGAAACAAAAGAACAAUGAAAGGAAGGAAUAUGCAAGUACAAAAUGUGGUUGCAAGGCAUGGAUGUCUAUUGAACUAGUUAAUAAAACAAAGUGGCGUGUGCGUAAUAUUCAAUAUGUACACAACCAUUACUUGCAUUCCCCAUCAAAAAUGAACUUUCACAAGACAACAAAAAAUAUGAAUACUCUUCAAAAGAAAAUGGUCGAUACAGAGACUGAAUCUGGAUUGAGAGCAUCACAAGUCUUGGAUGUUUUUGCACAUCAGGUCGGAGGAAUGGAACAUGUGACAUAUAGUAAGAAGCAAUUGAUUGAUCAUCUUCAAAAAAUUCAAAAUACUUACUACGGCAAAGAUUGUCAAACUAUGUUAAAUUAUUUUAAGAAACAACAAGAUGAAAAUCCAGAUUUUUACUAUAGCAUCCAAGUUGAUGAGUUUGGAAAAGUAGAAAAUUGUUUUUGGGUAGAUUCAAGGGCACGUGAAGACUAUUAUUAUUUUGGAGAUGUAGUGUUAUUUGAUAUGACAUAUAAGAAAAAUAAAUACCAUAUGCCUUUUGCUCCAUUUAUAGGUGUAAACCAUCAUAGCCAAAGUAUUAUUUUUGGAUGUGCAUUACUUGUUGAUGAAAAGAAAGGGACAUUUAAAUGGCUAUUUCAAGAGUGGUUGCAUGCAAUGGGUGGUAGAGCCCCAAUGGCAUUUAUAACUGAUCAAAAUCUUGUAAUAAAGGAGGUAGUAGUUGAAACUUUUCCAGAUACAGUGCAUAGGUGUUGCAGUUGGGACAUAUUGACAGAAAUGCCUACAUCUAUUGGAAACUUGUAUAAGCAAAAUCAUGAAUUUAAACACUUGUGGGAUGCGUGGUUUUUUAAGUCAGAGACGAUUGAAGAAUUUGAAAAUAGAUGGAAUGAAAUGAUUAAUUUAUAUCCUCAAUUGAAAACCACUGAGUGGGCCACAAACUUAUGGAAAGAAAGAUCCUUAUGGGCUAAACCAUAUUCUGGUGAUACUUUUAUGGCGGGAAUGUCUAUGACCCAACGAAGUGAAAGCAUGAAUGACUAUUUUAAGCAAUGCAUUUAUGCCCAUACAACGUUGACUGAGUUUAUUGUGAAAUAUGAAGAAGCAAUACAUAGACAACGAUCCAAUGAAAAGGAGUUGGACUUCAAAAUGAAUAAUGAAGUUGAACCCACCAAUACAAGUCAUCCUAUGGAAGUUCAUUUGCGGGAUAUUUACACUCCUGAGGUGUUUAGAAAGCACUUUCAAGACGAAUUUUUGGCAAUUACAACUUGCACUCCUUUGCUUAAAGAACAUGCUGGUGAUGUAAGAGUAUAUACUAUUAAACAAGUAUUGAAGGACUGUGGUAGAGAUGGGGCAAGCCCAGUGUUUAAGGAAUAUACAAUUUCAUUUGAUAAGAAUACUCAAAACUUGUCAAGUUGUGGAUGCAAAUUGUGGAAAUCUUUGGGUGUUGUUUGUUGCCAUAUGCUUACAGUGUUUAAUGCAGAACAACUAUUGAAAUUGCCAUCAACUUAUAUACUUAAAAGAUGGACAAAACAUGCUAGAAAAGGUGUUGUACAAUUGCGUUCAACUUCCCAAGCAUUGUCAGGUGCAAACUCUUCAUUAAUGAUGAAAAACAUUCUCCAGUUGAAGGCCAAUAUGUGUGUUAAUGAAGCAUUGUCAAGUGGAUGUUAUGAGGAUGCAAUAAAUGGGUUUGAUAAAUUGUUACAACACUUGCAAAAUGUGAAGAUGCAUAAGAGUAUGCCUGUCAUAAAUGUUCAUGAAGAAGUGCAAGUCAGUUCCAAUGAAAGUGCACACAUGAAGGCAUUGCAAAACACUGAUGAAGAUGAACAUCAUGAUGAUGCUUUGACGAAUCGUGAAACAAUGCAUGCUAAAGGAAGUUCAGAGCGGAUCAUUUCAUGCAUCCAACAAAGCAAAGUGCAAAGAUCGUGUAAGACUUGUGGGCAACUUGGACAUAAUUCUCGCACAUGUGGCAUGAGCAUGAAUGCAAGGAAUAUUUCAACUGAUAGUGAGGUUGGCAAACAAAGAAUAUGUCAUUCAUGUAGAGGAACAGGCCAUGACAAGAGAAAUUGUCCAAAAUUAAAACAUUCAGGAUGCACAGCUGCUGGAGACCCCAUAGUGCGUUCUAGUUUUGAGCUUGUUCCAUAUGAAGCAAACCCUGUAGUGCAUUCUAGGUUUGAGGUUGUUCCAUAUGAAGAAGGCUAGAAUGGUUGACACACAACACUGCAGUUAGUUAUGCCAAAGAGAUGGCGAGCACCAUCAUGUAUCAUCAUGAUCUCUGGGCCAGAGUCUACCCAGCCCUUAUUUAGUUUUUUACAGAUUGGUAAGCAUAGAAACUUCAUCCACUGAGAUUACUUUGUAUCUGUAACUUCUUUUUCUGUUUAUGUGACAACUGUACAUCGAUAUCAUAAGUUUUCUAAUUUCUAAAUAAGCAGAGGCAACAAAAGCAAUUUAAGGGGCAUAUUAUAUUUCAAAAGCAAAAGCAUAAUUCAAAGGGCAUCAUUUCAAACUUCUUAUUGAGACCCACACAGCAUUUUUUGUCAGUAUGCCCACAGAACCUGCAGUUCGUUUAAAUGCUCUUUUUUGUAGAACAACAUUGACACAUGGAAUGCUUCAUGUUUGACGAAUCACUUUUGAUAUUCCUUAGGCAUGCUUGUUCAGUUUUCAAAACCCAUGCAGCUUUUUGGGCACAUAAUUGGCUGACGUAUAUGUGUUUCUCCCUUGAUUGAUAUGGAACUUUGAUGCUCGAUUAGGGACAAAUGUUUUUUUCUGGGUGAAUUGGCUCCCUAUGGGAACUUGGUAUGCCUAUGCAGUUGGUGCAGGCUGGACAAACAAGGAACUAAGUUUCUAUAUGAAGAAAAAUUGAUUUGAACAUUUGAUGCUGUUUUGAUUUUGACUCAUAGUUUUCUUUUCAUUUAGGCAGUCUGUUUGGAUAACUUGAAUAUUUUCAUUUGAGUAAAGUUAUUCACUUGCAGUCCACUUGUCAUGGUACACAUGUUGGCAGCACAAGUGAUGAUCGAAUAUGGUGACUCUGUAAAACUUGAGCCAACAGAUGCACACAAAUAUAUUUUUGUGUUAUCUAGAUCCCAUAUGCAGCCAUUGUCAGUAGAUUAACUCAUACUUGAGUUCUAACUAAAUCAUGCAUCAGUUGCAUGACUAACUACCGGCAAUAAUUAUGCAUUUUAUGCUCCAGUUUUCUAACUUGCUGCCAAUUAUCAAAAACAUGAGGAACAGUGGGCAAGUUUUCCCCAAGGAAACCAUGGCUAACAGUGGAUUAGGCAAACCUGUGGCAUUCUAUUCAGCCCUUAAAAUUGAGUGGUCAGGUUGCCAUAGCAGAUCAUGAGAAGCAGAAGCAGAUUCUUGGCGGGCGCUUUUCUCCUUAUGUUCAGAGAUUGCAGAUGCAUACUCGUCUCCCUCUUUCCAUUGAGCUGCUUUCUUAUGUCACUUUUCUCUCUUUCUAUUAUGCAGCACGAUUUGGCUAGGACUGCUUCAGGUAUGCUUCUAGAGAUGGAUAACUCAGAUUUGCCAUUGUUACUUGAUCGGCUGAUGCACUGGCUGCAAAGUUGACUAAGCAGUGCAGGUCUUGAAUUUUGUGAAAGACGAAGUUGGAUCACAAAGAAGCCAUGAACAGCAGUCAAACAGCCUGUUGAAGUUACUGUUAACUGACUGCUACCUUCCCGUUAACUUUGAUUCCGUUUACACAGAAAAUUUGAGCCCUUUUUUCAAAUUUUCCUUGAGGAACUAAUUCCCAUUCAUGAUUUGGCUGUUCCUCGUGUAACUUUUGGUGUGGUUUUAGGAUGUCUAGUUUGUACUCAGGUAGUUGAUGGUCAUCACGAUGCAGCUGUGUUCAAAUUUUUUGAUUGUUGUAAUGCACAGAGGAUUCACGUUUCA